AUGGCCCAGAACGAGCAGGCCCCCGUCCCCCUGGGGGCCAAGGAGGAGCAGGACAAGAAGACGCGCAACCGGCAGGGUAGGACCAGGGUCUGGGAGGAGACCGAGCAAAAGGCCAAGAAGCUCAAGAACAGCGAGGACGAGGGGCAGAGCAGAAAGCUGCCCAAGAGGAAGGUGGUGCUGCUGAUGGCCUACUCCGGGAAGGGCUAUCAUGGCAUGCAGCGGAACGUCGGGGCCUCACAGUUCAGGACAAUCGAGGAUGACCUGGUGUGUGCCCUUGUCCGGUCAGGCUGCAUCCCCGAGAGCCACGGCGAGGACAUGAAGAAGAUGUCCUUCCAGCGAUGUGCGCGGACAGACAAGGGUGUGUCUGCUGCUGGCCAGGUUGUGUCCCUCAAGGUGUGGCUGAUCGAUGACAUCCUGGAGAAGAUCAAUAGCCACCUUCCAUCCCACAUUCGGAUUUUGGGCCUGAAGCGUGUCACAGGCGGCUUCAACUCCAAGAACAGGUGUGAUGCGAGGACCUACUGCUACAUGCUGCCCACCUUCGCCUUCGCCCACAAGGACCAGGACGUGCAGGACGAGAGCUUCCGGCUGAGCGCCGAGACCCUGCGGCAUGUCAACGAGCUGCUCGCCUGCUUCCAGGGUACUCACAAUUUCCACAACUUCACAUCGCAGAAGGGGCCGCAGGAGCCCAGCGCCAGGCGCUACAUCCUGGAGAUGCACUGUGGGGAGCCCUUCGUGCGGGACGGCUUGGAGUUUGCUGUCAUCACGGUGAAGGGCCAGAGCUUCAUGAUGCACCAGAUCCGCAAGAUGGUGGGCCUGGUGGUGGCCAUCGUGAGGGGCCACGCCCCCGAGAGCCUGCUGGCACACAGCUGGGGCCCCACCAAGGUGGACGUGCCCAAGGCGCCGGGGCUCGGGCUGGUGUUGGAGCGUGUGCAUUUUGACAAGUACAAUCAGCGCUUCGGGGGCGAUGGGCUGCACGAGCCACUGGACUGGGUGGCCGAGGAGGCCGCCAUCGCCGCCUUCAAGGAGCGCCACAUCUUCCCCAGCAUCGUGGACACUGAGCGACACGAGCACUCCAUGGCUCUGUGGCUCGGCACGCUGCCUGCACACGACUUCAGCGCCUCAGCCCUCACUGCGGCCACUGAGGCCAGCAAGGCUCCCAGCCCCCUGGAGGUCAGUGAAGAGGGAGAAGGAGACACGGACUAA